CUCAAUCAACAAUAGAGAGGGCAUUGCAUUUGUGUGCUGUAGAAGCGCUUUAGUAAUAAAGAUUAUCAUUAUAAUGAACUUACAAUCGUCGGAAUCGAUUGAUCUGAAGAUCAGGACUUUGAGGGAACAGUUGUCCAAUAAGUUGUCAGAGUUGGCGGUCGAAAAGGAUUAUCUGCACGAACUCAUAGCUAAUAAUAUAAUUACCACUAAUAUAUUUGAUGAUAAUAUGAUGAAAUUGAUUGAAAAAUGCAAUCGUUUACAAAUAAAAGCCAAUUACGUAUUCAAACGAAACAAAAAGUUUAUGACAACUGAUUUAAAUCAAAUUCAAAAGGCUUUCCACUGUUUUAAUCAAUUAAUGGAUAACUCGGCGGCACUGAAGACAUGCAACGAAAGUGUUGGCAAAAAUAAGUCUCUAUUGAAGUCACAGAUGGAAAACAAUCAACGAGUUUUGGAUUUAUUUGACAAAGAAAUCGCUGAAUUGGAUGAACAAAAUGUUAGACUCAAUAACCGAUUGAUAGCUUUGAUCUCUACUAAUGAUCAACGGGUUUAACCACUAAAUCA